UCCCUCAAGUGAUCCAACCGGCUAGGGGAGUUGCGCGAUUUGGUUAAAGGGCGAGGCCAGCCUUCGGGGGCUGGGCUUCGGCGCGCUCUCUCCGUCCGCGCUCACUCCCGUGCCGCGGCCCGGGACGUGGGGAGUCUGGGUCUCCCCUUACCGCCUCCGGGGAAACCAGAGUGAGACCCUCCCUGACCCUCUCGGCCGGCCGCCGGCUGGCGAGGCGCGUUCCCGGCGGGGUCCCCGCUGCAACCGCCGGGACUCCAGCCUCGCACGGGAGGGGGCGCGGCCGUGACUCACCCCCUGCCCCCUUCGCUCCCUCCCUCUCUCGCAGACAGACUCCCUCCCCUGCCGUCCCGCGGUGGACUCCGGCUCCGGCUCCCGCAGCGGCUCGCAGCCUCCGCCGCUGCCACCUAUUCGCUGGCCGCUCAGGUGGCCGCCGCCUCGAUGUUCUAAUCCGGGGCCCCCGAGCCAGACUCGGCCGGGCUGCCUUCACCCUCCGCCGGAAUCAUGAGGGCGAUUGGGGCUCUCGAGGUGCUGGGCUUCCUUCUCAGCCUGGCCCGGGGUUCCGAGAUGGGCAGCUCGCAGGCAGUGUGUCCUGGGACCCUGAACGGGCUGAGCGUCACUGGCGAUGCUGAGAACCAGUACCAGACGCUGUACAAGCUCUACGAGCGGUGUGAGGUGGUGAUGGGUAACCUGGAGAUUGUGCUCACGGGACACAAUGCUGACCUUUCCUUCCUGCGGUGGAUCCGAGAAGUGACGGGCUAUGUCCUCGUGGCCAUGAACGAAUUCUCCACACUGCCUUUGCCUAACCUCCGAGUGGUCCGGGGAACCCAGGUCUAUGAUGGGAAGUUUGCCAUCUUUGUCAUGUUGAAUUACAAUACCAACUCCAGCCACGCUCUGCGCCAGCUCCGUUUCACUCAGCUGACUGAGAUUCUGUCAGGUGGUGUUUACAUUGAGAAAAACGACAAACUUUGCCAUAUGGAUACAAUCGACUGGAGGGACAUCGUGAGGGUUCGAGGUGCUGAGAUAGUGGUGAAGAACAAUGGUGGAAACUGUCCCCCCUGUCAUGAGGUCUGCAAGGGGCGAUGCUGGGGACCUGGACCAGAAGACUGCCAGAUAUUGACUAAGACCAUCUGUGCCCCUCAGUGUAAUGGUCACUGCUUUGGGCCCAACCCUAACCAGUGCUGUCAUGAUGAAUGUGCAGGGGGCUGCUCUGGACCCCAGGACACAGAUUGCUUUGCCUGCCGACACUUCAAUGACAGCGGAGCCUGUGUGCCCCGAUGUCCACAGCCUCUUGUGUACAACAAGCUAACAUUCCAGCUGGAGCCCAACCCUCAUACCAAGUAUCAGUACGGAGGGGUCUGUGUGGCUAGCUGUCCCCAUAACUUUGUGGUGGAUCAGACAUCUUGUGUCAGGGCUUGUCCUCCUGACAAGAUGGAAGUGGAUAAAAAUGGACUCAAGAUAUGUGAGCCUUGUGGAGGGCUGUGCCCAAAAGCCUGUGAGGGGACAGGCUCCGGAAGCCGCUUCCAGACUGUGGACUCCAGCAACAUUGAUGGGUUUGUGAACUGUACCAAGAUCCUGGGCAACUUGGACUUCCUCAUCACUGGCCUCAACGGUGACCCCUGGCACAAGAUCCCUGCACUGGACCCAGAGAAGCUCAAUGUUUUUAGGACAGUACGAGAGAUCACAGGGUACCUAAACAUCCAGUCCUGGCCACCUCACAUGCACAACUUCAGUGUUUUUUCCAAUCUGACAACCAUCGGGGGCAGAAGCCUCUACAACCGGGGCUUUUCCUUGUUGAUCAUGAAGAACCUGAAUGUCACAUCUCUGGGGCUCCGGUCCCUGAAGGAAAUCAGUGCUGGGCGUGUCUACAUCAGCGCCAAUCAGCAGCUUUGCUACCACCACUCUUUGAACUGGACCAGACUGCUUCGGGGGCCUUCCGAAGAGAGACUUGACAUCAAGUACAACCGGCCUCAGAGAGAGUGUGUGGCAGAGGGCAAAGUGUGUGAUCCACUGUGCUCCUCUGGGGGAUGCUGGGGCCCAGGCCCUGGUCAGUGCUUGUCGUGUCGAAACUACAGCCGAGAAGGUGUUUGUGUGACUCACUGCAACUUUCUGAAAGGGGAACCUCGGGAGUUCGUUCAUGAGGCUGAAUGCUUCUCCUGCCACCCAGAGUGCCUACCCAUGGAAGGCGCCAGCACAUGCAAUGGCUCGGGCUCUGAUGCUUGUGCUCAGUGCGCUCAUUUUCGUGACGGGCCCCACUGUGUGAACAGCUGCCCCCAUGGAGUCCUAGGUGCCAAGGGUCCAAUCUACAAGUACCCGGAUGCUCAGAAUGAAUGUCGGCCCUGCCAUGAGAACUGCACCCAGGGGUGUAAAGGACCAGAACUACAAGACUGUUUAGGCCAAACAGAGGUGUUAAUGAGCAAACCCCAUCUGGUGAUAGCUGUGACAGUAGGACUGGCCGGGAUUCUCCUGAUUCUGGGAGGCUCUUUUCUCUAUUGGCGCGGACGCAGGAUUCAGAAUAAAAGGGCUAUGAGGCGCUACUUGGAACGCGGUGAGAGCAUUGAGCCUCUGGAUCCCAGUGAGAAGGCAAACAAAGUCUUGGCCAGAAUCUUUAAAGAGACAGAGCUGAGGAGGCUUAAAGUGCUUGGUUCUGGUGUCUUUGGAACAGUACACAAGGGGGUUUGGAUUCCUGAGGGUGAGUCCAUCAAGAUUCCAGUCUGCAUUAAAGUCAUUGGGGACAAGAGUGGGCGGCAAAGCUUUCAAGCUGUGACAGAUCAUAUGCUGGCCAUUGGCAGCCUAGACCAUGCCCACAUUGUACGGCUCCUGGGACUGUGCCCGGGGUCAUCUCUGCAGCUGGUCACUCAGUACCUGCCUCUGGGCUCCCUCCUUGACCAUGUGAGACAGCAUCGAGGGACACUGGGACCACAGCUGCUGCUCAACUGGGGAGUACAAAUUGCCAAGGGUAUGUAUUACCUUGAGGAGCAUGGCAUGGUGCACAGGGACCUGGCGCUCCGCAACGUGCUGCUCAAGUCGCCGAGCCAGGUCCAGGUGGCAGACUUCGGUGUGGCUGACCUAUUGCCGCCAGACGACAAGCAGCUACUGCACAGCGAGGCCAAGACUCCAAUUAAGUGGAUGGCUCUUGAGAGUAUCCACUUUGGGAAAUACACACACCAGAGUGAUGUCUGGAGUUAUGGUGUAACAGUCUGGGAGUUGAUGACCUUUGGGGCAGAGCCCUAUGCAGGGCUACGACUGGCUGAAGUACCAGACCUGCUGGAGAAGGGAGAGCGGUUAGCACAGCCCCAGAUCUGCACCAUUGAUGUCUACAUGGUCAUGGUCAAGUGUUGGAUGAUUGAUGAGAAUAUUCGCCCAACCUUUAAAGAACUAGCCAAUGAGUUUACCAGGAUGGCUCGUGACCCACCGCGCUAUCUGGUCAUAAAGAGAGAGAGCGGGUCUGGAAUACAUCCUGCAGCAGAGCCCUCUUCUCUGACCAACAAACAGUUGGAAGAGGUAGAGCUGGAGCCAGAACUGGACCUAGACUUGGACUUGGAGGCAGAGGAGGACAGCCUGGCGACCACACUGGGUUCUGUCCUCAGCUUGCCUGUGGGAACGCUCACGCGGCCACGUGGGAGCCAGAGUCUUUUAAGUCCCUCGUCUGGAUACAUGCCCAUGAACCAGAGUAAUCUUGGGGAAGCUGGUCUGGAUUCUGCAGUUUUGGGGGGCCAUGAACAGCUUUCUCAUCCCAUCUCUCUGCACCCAAUUCCACGGGGACGUCUGCAGUCAGAGUCAUCAGAGGGCCAUGUAAUAGGCUCUGAGGCUGAACUCCAAGAGAAAGUAUCAGUGUGUCGGAGCAGGAGCCGGAGCCGGAGCCCACGGCCACGUGGAGACAGUGCUUACCAUUCGCAGCGACACAGCCUGCUUACCCUUGUCACGCCACUCUCCCCACCAGGCUUAGAGGAAGAGGACGGCAAUGGCUACGUCAUGCCAGAUACACACCUUAGAGGCACAGCCUCCUCCCGGGAAGGCACCCUUUCUUCAGUAGGUCUCAGUUCUGUGCUGGGUACUGAAGAAGAAGAUGAAGACGAAGAGUAUGAAUAUAUGAACCGGAAGAGAAGAAACAGCCCACCUCGGCCCCCUAGGCCUGGCUCACUUGAGGAGCUGGGUUAUGAGUACAUGGAUGUGGGCUCAGACCUCAGUGCUUCUCUGGGCAGCACACAGAGUUGCCCACUCCAUCCUAUGGCCGUCAUGUCCUCUGCUGGCACAACUCCAGAUGAGGACUAUGAAUAUAUGAACCGCAGACGUGGCGUGGGUGGUGCCGGAGGGGAUUAUGCAGCCAUGGGGGCCUGCCCAGCAGCUGAACAAGGCUACGAAGAGAUGCGAGCUUUCCAGGGGCCUGGACAUCAUGCCCCACAUGUUCGCUAUGCCCGCCUCAAAACUCUGCGUAGUUUAGAAGCCACUGACUCUGCCUUUGACAACCCUGAUUACUGGCAUAGCAGACUUUUCCCCAAGGCUAAUGCCCAGAGAACAUAACACCUGCUCCUUGAGACUCUCAGGGAGCAUUUGAUGGCAGCUAGUUCCUCUUGAGGGUACCCCUUCCUCACCCCUCUUCCUCAGGUCCCAUUCCCAUUUCUCCAGUCCAAGACAAUGCCAUCCGACCUUUGGAGACCUGUAAGCAUAUCCUCACAAGAUCUUUGUGGUAUGUAGCCAGCUGUGUACUCUCUCUUCCCCAGCCCCAGGAAAAGAGAAGGGUUCCGUAUUUGUCUACUUUCCCAAUCCCAUUCCUCAGCUUUCUCAGGGAGAUGCCCUGCAGACAUGAAGGAUUACUUUCUAGCUCCUUUCUCUCAAGUUCUUGCUUGGAUUAGACUCUUAGGCUAUGCCUUUCUUUCUCAUUAGGCUGUCCUAAGAGAAGAAAUAGACCUGGAAGAGGAAAGUAAACUUUUGGCUUAUAAGACUUAAUCCCAGGGAAAGAUUGAGAAGCUUAAAACUUUAUGGAAUAAAGAAAGUUGGGAGUAGAUACCAAUAACUAUGGAUUGAACAUUUCCUGUGAGCUAGGCAUUCUCAUGCUGAACUCUGUCUACUAUCUCAAUUAAAGGCUCUCUGUAUUUGUAAGGUAGAGCUGAUCCCAUUUUACUCCAUACAGGAGUCCCGAGUGUUCCAAGGUAGCCAAUAGGUCCCAGAAUCUGUGAAGAGUACUGAAUUUUGUAGUUUUUAAAAGAAUGUUUUAGUUGUUGUACAAAACUGCAUUCUGUAGUUUAGUGACUUCUUUUGUUGUGGUGGUUUUGUUUUUGUUUUUCAAGACAGGGUUUCUCUGUGUAGCCUUGGCUGUCCUGGACACACUGGCCUUGAACUCACAGAGAUCUGCCUGCCUCUGCCUCCCAAGUGCUAGAAUUACAGGUGUGUGCUAGCACGCCCACCUAGUGGACUUUUCAAUGUUAACUAAGAACUCAUUCAUUAUGGUCAUGACUUUUUUAGUUUGAAGGGCCACAGCAAAAGCAGUACUAAUUUUUCUAAGUUUAUAAGUUCAUGGGUUUGUUAUUAUAGAUAUUACCAAACAGUGCCCCUCUCCCCGUAUGGUCAAGAAUUUUCACCUUUUAUCAAACAAAAAGCACUUCUGUUUGACAUGUGUGAAUUGCCAGCAUCACUACUCCUGCACUUUGAGCCCAUUUUUAGGUAACAUUAGAGUACUAUCAUAUCACUGUUGAUCAGCCUAAUAGAUAGGUGGGUAAUUAAGUGACUGAAGAGCAAAUUCAGUGUGGAUGCAUUAGACAAAGAGAUGAUUUCUUUACCAAGUGGAACAGAAAAGGAUGGUUGUAAUUUCACCAUGCUACUCAGAAUGGUGUGCAAUUUAAACUUUAGGGACUAUUUAUUUCAGGAAUUUAUUUCAACAUUUUCAGAUUGCAGUUGAUCAUAGGUUACUAAAACUGUGGAGAGCAAAACCUCAGAUAACAGAGGACUGAGCCUUGAAGAAAUUAAGCAGGUCCAGGAUUCAAAGUCUUCCUAAUUCCAAUGCCUGUGAUAAGAUGUCAAGGAGUACCUAUGUCAAACCCUUGUCGGGGUGUUGCGUAUGUAUGAAACAGGGUCUUACUCUGUAGACUGGCCUGGAACUGUGUAGCUCAGGAUGACCUUGAACUCAAUUCACAGGAUCCUGCGUUAGCCUCCCAAAAGCUGUGGCUACAGAAAGAGUGAGCUACCAGACUCCGUUUAUGCACUGAAUCAAGCAAAUGCCAGCAGCCACAUUUUCCUCCAGCACCCAGGCCUUUCAUUCCAGCAAGGAGUGGAGACAACACAGAAGGACAAGACAACUGGAGUUUUGUGUAAGCCACAGGCCAUUUAUGUUGUAGAGACACACUCCUUACAAGCCAACUCACAAAGGUUCUUAACCAGUAAUGAGAAACUUCUGGUGGGAAAGAGGAUCCAUCUUCAGACCUCAGUCUUCCUGGAUGGGAAUCGGGGGGGAAAAUGUCUUCUUGUCUUUUUUUUUAAUAUGUGUCUGAAUAAAAAUGCCAAAGUUUU